AUGGCAAGAGAAGGUAGUCCCGCGAGCAAACGCCGGCGCAACCGGGUCCCCGUGUCGUGCUCUAGCUGCCGAGCGUUAAAGACGAAAUGUGAUGGCACCAAGCCCGUGUGCUCGACGUGUGCCCACAACGGGCGAGAAUGCUCCUUUGUCCAGCAGGGUGUCUCGCUCGCCGCUGCCAACACCGUCACGGUCAACCAAGAUUACCUGCGGGGGUUGGAAAGUCGGCUUGAGCUCCUGGAAAAGGCCGCUCAAACCUCUGUCCCGUCUGGAACGCCAGGGGCCUCGGAAGUUCCAGGACAGGGGCAAGCCACCUGUUCUUGUUCCAACAACACCGUCCAGCCGGGACAAACACCCUCUUCCGUGGUCGUGGAUGCCAAUCUGUCCAUCGGGGGCAUCUCGUUCACCCAGCUGCUCUUGAACAGCCUUUAUGGCCAAGGCAACGUGGAGGCGCAGCUGGUCGAGACAGAUUCUGGAUCUCGAGUCAGUCCAUUUCAGCUGACAGGGGAUGAACUAUAUGCCACGCCCGACAACGCCGCCGAUAUUCUUGACCAGUACUUCACCACUCGGAAUACACUCACGCCCUUGUUCCAUGGGCCCAGCGCUAGAUCGGUUUUCGGUGAGGCUCUGCGCUGCUCUGCAGAAACUCGACAUGGCCAACCGCUUACUUUUGCCAUCAUCAACAUGAUCCUUGCUCUGUGCACGUCUCACUGGGUAGUUGACGUCGAGGCCAACCCUCACACCGCACGGAGACACUACGAGAUUGCUAUGGCCCUACUUCAACCGACCCUCCUGCGGGACUGGCGUCUGGAGCAUGUCCAGGUCUUGCUGCUCGGUGCAAGAUAUCUUCAGACCACGAGCUGUGGGGAGGAGUCCUGGAACAUACUCGGCCUCGCCGUCAGGAUUGCCUACGGCCUGCAUCUACACAAGGACCCGCCCGAGUUCGAUACGCCUCCGGUACGAGAGACGAAGCGAAGGGUCUGGUAUUCCGCCUAUAUUCUUGAUAUGCACUGGAGCAUGAUCUAUCAGCGUCCCUCAGCCACCCGAAGCGCCGACUUUUCCGUCUCUAUCCCCGAAGAUCUUGACGAUGAAUGCAUACGUGACGACGGGGUCCUGUACCCCAUGCCUAAGCGGCCUUCAAGCAUGUCAUUCUGUAUUGAGAUGAUCAAGCUGUGCAAGAUAAUUGAAAAGGUCUUGGCACGUCUCUCUGAGAAAAUGGACAUGACAAAGGACACUGCAGAGUGCAUCGUGGCUCUUGAUGACGAAUACCAGAAAUGGCGUCGUGAUCUUCCUACGCACCUUGUGCUGGAUCACGAUAACCCAAACGAGCCACAAUGGAUCUUGGCUCUGCGAGCAAACAUGGUCCGCAUAUUGAUCCAUCGGCCUUCUUUGGGUCAUGGCGUGCAGACGGCUGGCCAAGGCUCAUUGGCCGACCAAACGUUGCGGUUCAGCCAGAAGAUGUGUCUUGAUGCCGCGGUUGAAACUGUAGAUAUUGUUGCGUUGAGGUAUGAGCAGACGAAGCACUCUUUGGGGCUCAACUGGUUCAACGUUUACUACUUGUUCAACGCCGUGGUUGCCUUGGUGUCUUCAGUUAUCCGCACGGCACAUCAUCAAGAAAGCCCUGCUUUGGCCAAGGUGGAAAACGCCCUGGACAUGAUCAAAGAAAUGUCGAGCAACCACGCCUUUGCCAAGAGAGCCUUGACCUUUCUUCAAGGGCUGCUCCAGUGCAUGCACCAGUCAUUGCAUUCAAGCGGGAGCUGUGCUAAUCUGCCCCCUUCUCUGACACCCAUGCCCGUGCCGUUGGCAUUGCCGACGGAAGCAUUUCCGGGGUUGCACUCGCUGUUUGGGUACACGAGGGGUAUUGCCCAUGACUUGCAGACGCAGCUGGAGAGCUUUGAGUCCGGAAACUUUGCCGAGUCAACCUGGACAUUGGAUGAUCUUGUACAGUAA